GACCAGUUCAGCUGGGAGGAUGUCAAAACCGACAAACAGCGAGAAAACUACCUGGGGAACUCCCUGAUGGCGCCCGUGGGCCGGUGGCAGAAGGGCAAGGACCUGACGUGGUACGCCAAGGGCAAGAAGGAUUCGGCUCCCCCGCUGUCCCGUGAGGAAGAGCUGGCCGCCGUCCGCCUGGCCGAGCAGGAGGCCAUGAUGGCAGCCCUGGGCUACAAGACCGGGAAGCGGCAGCCCACCGGCCUCAGCAAGGAGGACCUGGCUGAGGUGUGCAAGCGCGACGGCACCGAGCGGGACGAGAAGGACGUGGACCGGGUGGUGGGCUUGGGCAGCAGCAGCGGCAGCGCUGGCCGGGUGAUGCUCUCCAAGGAGGACAAGGAAGCGGCCAAGAUGGGGCUCUCCAUCUUCACGCACCAAAAAGUCUCCAGCAGCCCCGAGACCUCUGGCUCCAAGAAGAAACAGGAGAAGGAGGAGAAGGUGGAAGAGAAACGCAUCAAAAAAUCCAAAAAGGAGAAAAAGAAGAAGAAAAAGAAGAAGCACAAGAAGGAGAAGAAGAAGGAGAAGCAUCACAAGAAGGACGCCGCUCUGUCGUCUUCCGAUUCUUCUUCGGAUCGGGAUGAGAGGCACCACCGACGGAAAACCCAGCGGUGCCCCGAAACCUCGCGCCGGCGCCGCCACGACACCGCGUCCUCCUCCAGCAGCCGGGAUUCGGGCAGGAGCCCCUCGCGCCGUCAUGGCCAUUCUCGGCACCCGUCCCCGCCACGCAAGGGGAGGAAGAGGAGCAGGAGCAGGAGCAGGUCCCCUUCAUCCCGCAGGGUCAGGCAGCGCCACGACACCGAUUCGAACUGA